UUGCAGAAUGCUUUAAGCCUUCACAGGCGUAGUGUCACAAAAAUGACCAGUUCCACUUCAUAUGCCAAAAAAAAAUUCUCAAAAGUAUCCAAUGCUCCUGUAUACAUGCCUACAUGUGAAGAAUUCAAAGAUCCUAUACGCUAUGUAACACAAAUUAGGCCAGAAGCUGAAAAAUACGGAAUAAUCAGAAUAAUUCCACCCCCGAAUUUUGACCCUCCUUUUUGCGUUAAGCCUAAAAAGUUCAAGUUCACCCCCAGGAUUCAACGUUUACACGAAGUGGAUGCUCUUGCUAGAGAAAAAUUGUUUUUCAAAGCUCAAAUAGUUCGUUUCUGGGAAUAUCAAGGAUUCGCAUAUGAGCCUCUCCAAUUCGAUAAUCGAGUUGUUGAUGAGUUCGAGCUUCAAGAAGCUGUCGAUACUUUUGUUGAGCAAACCUGCGAAUCUGACAAGAGUUGGGCAUUGGUGGCGAAAAAACUCGGUUUCAAAGCUGAAAAACAGGCUGAAAUCCGAAAAUUCUACUGUAAAUAUUUGAAGCCUUACAAAGAGUUUUACAUUCGGUUCUCCAAAAGUAAUGAUGAGAUUGUGAUUCUUGAAGAUCCUGUCGUUCCGGAACCAGAAGAAUCUAAGGAUUCAGAUGACUCACAAGAUUCACAGAAUUCGCAAGACUCACAGGACUCACAGAACUCACAGAACUCACAGGAUUCUAAGGAAGAUGUUAAGGAUAUCAAAGACAUUAAGGACAUUAAAGUUUUGGAAACGGAACAGAAGGACUCUAUAAGUCGGAAGAAUUCUAAGAGCCACAAUUCUAAGAAUCCUGAUGCUCCGACUAUUCCUGAAACUAAGAUCACACGAAUGAGUAGAGCAUCUAUGCAAGGAGUCAGAAAAGCGAAUAACCGAGAGGCAAGAGCCAGAAGAGGUCGUCAAAGAGUUGCUGUGCCUUGUCCUUCUUCAGCUCCUGAAUCCGAGUCAGAUUCGAAACCAGAAGUGGAACCAAAUCUAAAAUCAAGGUUGAGACCACGUAGAGUGAAGCAGGAAGAAACGCUUGGAGAUGACGAAGAAGAAAAGAGAAAAGCCAGAAGAUAUUUAUCAUGCUCUAGAUGUGAUAGUGUCGAGCCUAGAAGUCCCAAGGAUAAGCGUUGUUACCGUUGUAAUAAGGUGGAACAUCAUUGCUGUAGGGGAAUACCUUUGCGAGGGAAACCAGACGAAACAUGGCAUUGUUAUACUUGCAUUCUUGCUUUGAUGUAUGAGCAAGGAAAUAGCUAUGGUUUUUAUGAUUCGGAUUGCGAAUAUACACUUGACGAAUUCGCUACGUAUGCUAAUGAUUUCAAAAAGUCCGCUUUUGAUAAAGAGCUGAAUGAAAUAACUGUUGGUGAGGUGGAAGAAAAGUUCUGGGAAUACGUGUUGGAGGGAGAAGAGACAAGCGAAAUCAAAUACGGAGCAGAUCUAAUCACUUCUAAAGUAGGAAGUGGUUUUCCCAAAAAGGACGACAAGGAUGGGUCGGCUCGUCUCGACCGACAUUAUGUUAACCACGCGUGGAAUCUGAAUAACAUGCCCCUCCUGCAUAACUCUGUUUUCUCCCAUAUGAACACUCAUAUAUCUGGAAUGAUGGUGCCUUGGGUGUAUGUCGGAAUGUGUUUUAGUACCUUUUGUUGGCACACUGAAGAUCACUGGACAUAUAGUGUUAACUACAAUCAUUGGGGUGAGCCGAAAGUGUGGUACGGUAUUCCUGGAGAUCAAGCAGAAAAGUUUGAGAAAAUUGUCAGAGAAAUAGCUCCUCACACAACAACUUUCCAAAAAGAUGUAUUCCACUAUAUGGCAACUGCCGUCAAUCCAACAUUUCUAAAAGAGCGUGGGAUUGAUAUAUAUACAGUGCAUCAACAUGCUCGGGAGUUCGUCAUUACGUUUCCGAGAGCUUAUCACUCAGGGUUCAAUUGCGGGGUUAAUUUCGCAGAAGCUGUGAAUUUCGCACCAUACGAUUGGUUAUUCCAUGGAAGAGAUUCUAUGGAUAACUAUGCGACUGUUCGUCGCCCCAGUGUCUUCUCAUAUGAAGAACUAAUGGUCAGGGCAUCCCACGGAUGUAAAGCUAUGGCGGUGGAAAUGGCGGAAGUAGUAGAAGAUCAUAUAAAGCUAGCAAUUCUUCGUGGUGAUGUUGAAGAAGUGUUUGCCAGAGAUGUAAAAGCGACUAGGGUUGAACUGGAAGACUAUAUUAAUGUUCCUGAGGAGUUCCGAGCAUGCAGGUAUUGUAAGACGGUUUGUGCGCAUAUGUCUGUUGAAUGUCCCCAUGGGAGAAUAACUUGUGUGGAACAUCAUCGUUUCCUGUGUCCUGACUGUAGCGGUAACGAUGUAACUUUGAACGUAUGGGAUGUUGAACUGGAAGAUAAACUGCUAAUCGUGUCAACAAGGUUAAGUGAGUUUAAACAAUGGACUUCUAGAUUGGACAUCGCGUAUAGCCAAAAGCCUAAGCCAUCUGUGCAACACUUCAAACAGUUACUAGUGGAAGGAGAACUAUUAGAGUCUCCAUGCUAUGAAAGAUAUUUGAAGUUGAUAGAAGAUAUCAAGCAUUUCCAAUUCUUGAUUGAGCAAGCGGAAGUUCUGCUGGCUGAAAAAAUAAGAACCAGGCAAGAAACCAGAGCUCAGCGAGCUGAUACUCGACCAACUUCUGAACAACUCAAAGAUCUAUACGUUAAAAUGUUAGCUGCUUCUUGCGACUUUGGGGAAUUGUUUUUGAAAUUGAAAGAACGUCAUGAAGCAGUGUCUGCUUGGCAAGAAACUGUGGCUACGGCUCUCGAAAUAUUCCAAACUAAUAUUAACACACCAACUUUGCAACUAGAAAGUCUUAUAAGCCGUGGAGAAAGUUUCGACCUCCGAUUAACAGAGUUAGAUGAUUUGAAAAAGUGUUGCCGUAUUUUGGAGUGGAAAAAAAAAGCAGACGAGUUGAUGAACUGGCGUUGCCGGAUUAAUAUGGAAGAUGAAGAAAGUUUCUUGUCAAAAACCAGGAAUGAUCUACCUAGAGUUUUGAGUCUCAUCAGAGAAGGGACUGAUCUUGCUAAGAAAUAUCCAUUACUUGACUUGGUAACCGAGAUCAAUCUCAAAUACAAAACGGCGGUUGAGUUGGAAGAGGAAGUUUCAUCACUGCGCUAUGCAAAAACGAUUGCCAUGGAUGUGUUGGAAGAGACUUGGAGAAAAUGUCGAGACAGCGAUUGGUGCAACGCUCCGGGUCUUGAUUGGUUCCGUAGAGAGUACAUGCAAGCACGGGAGUACUGCAAAGAGAGCAGCAUUGAAGGAAUCUGUUUAAUUGAAUGUCAUAGCCAAGUUGAGAAGUGUCAAAAGUCUUGUGUUCUAGCAGCAACCUCAUAUUAUAAAGAAAGGUUGCUGAUUAGAGACUCCGGAUAUGUUUUCACUGAAAAGCUGGCUAGUCUCUUCUUGAAGACCACUUCUUACUACACCCUUGGGGAAAUAUUGAAUGAACGUGAAGAUAUAAUUCCACUGGUAGAAGGAAGGAAUGUCCCUAUGAAAAUCCAUAAGUUUACUGAACCGAUUCUCGAAUGGGAGUCAAUCAUAGACUUCGAUUCUUUCCUAGAUGUUCAGAAUAAUUUUGAUUUUUUACGAGAACAACGUAGAAAACUUUUAGGCACUCUCAAUAAUUUGAACGAGAAAAAACUUGUGUCACAAACCUGUGCUUGCUUGUCAAUGAAGGAAGACAGUGUUAUUUGUUGUCUGCUUUGCAAAGCCAAAAAUCAUGUGUCUUGUUGUCGUUGGGAUGUUUUUCUUGAAAGUCUGCCCGAGGGGACUUAUCUAUGUGUUCGUUGUUUAAGAUCCUGUCGACCAUCCAUAAAGGAUGUUAAUCAAGUUUGUCAAUUUGCUCAUGAAAAGUCUGUGGAAGGCGAGCUAGUACGGGUUUUGGCUCACGCCGCUAAAGAAAAUUCUUUGAAAGUAAAGAGUACAGCAAAUACAUUAAUAAAAAGUAAAUCUAAAGUUUGGCCGGACGAGUUCAGGAUAAGAGCUCUUGCGGUUGUUGAAGAUUUUUUGAGUUUGGAAGUUAGUGAACCCAAUGUUUUAAAGGAUCUAUCUCAACUUAUCAAGUUUUUGUUUAAAGAUGUCCUGGAGAAACAGAAAGGGUUAUGUGCUAAAUUGAAAUAUGCAUCCGUAAAAUCCAAUCCUCCCAAAGUAUUGUUUGCUGAGCAGAAAGGAAAAGGACGAAAAUCAAGCGAUUUGGAUGCGCCUAAUAAGAAAAAGCGUCUACGUUCUGAUCAGCUCCAUGAUGAUAAAGAUCUUUGCGCUUUUAAAGCAUGCGUGCGGCCUUCUGUGAAAAAGGUAGGUUGGGUUCAAUGUGAAUGUUGUGGAUGCUGGUAUCAUCUCGUUUGUGUUGGAUUGACUUUUGAGACGGUUAACGCCAUAGAGAUUUAUAAAUGUGGCACUUGCUAA